AUGUCAGACUCCAAAAAAGCCCUGCUCUCCGAAAAUGAGCUAUCAGACCCCCCGCCAGCCUAUGAUCCAACCACCAAGCCAACACGGGGAGCACCACUCCCACGCCCACCACCACUGAACCUGCCCUACCUAAACGACCUCCGCAACAAACGAGUAAUCCUAGCCUCGCAAUCCCCCCGCCGAAAACAAAUCAUCAGCUUUCUCGGCCUUCCAAACCUUGAAAUCAUCCCCUCAAAUGCAGAAGAGAACCUCCCCAAAACACUCGCGCCGUUCGAGUACGUCCUCGGCACAGCAACCAAGAAAGCACAAGCCGUCUACUCCCAGGAAAUGGACAAUGAGGAAAAAGGCGAACCGGCCCUGAUCCUUGCAGCGGACACAAUCGUCGUCGAUAUGGUUGUUGGCACUAUUCUCGAGAAACCGCGCUCGGAGGCUCAUCAUUUUAAUAUGCUUCGCUCGUUGCGGGACGCCAGGGAGCAUAAGGUUUAUACUGCCCUUGUUGCUAUGGCUCCGCUUGCUAGUGCGCGGCAGCCGGGUUAUGCUAUGGAGGUUAUGGUUGAAGAGACUUCGGUGCGGUUUGAUGGGGAUGUUUCGGAUGAUUUGAUCAUGGCUUAUGUGCGGACACGCGAGGGCGCGGACAAGGCUGGUGGGUAUGGGUUGCAGGGUCUUGGGUCUAUUCUUGUGGAGAAGAUUGAUGGGAGUUAUGAUAAUGUUAUUGGGUUGCCGCUUAAGGCUACGCUGAAGAUUAUUGAGACGGUUAUGGAGAAGGCGGAUGAUGAUGAUCAGUUGUUGGAUGAUCCAUUGUUGGAGGUUGAAGAAGAGGAUGAAGAUUAG